AUGGCGUCCCUGUCACUGGAAGACGGUAGAAGCAUUGUAAACCUGCUGGAGUGUCCAGUGUGCCUGAGUACAAUGAAGCCCCCAAUAUUCCAGUGUCAGAAUGGGCACAGCGUCUGCAGUGAGUGCAAACCAGGACUGCAGAAGUGUCCUACAUGCAGGGGGGCUUUGAUCGACACCAGGAACCUACUCGCGGAAGAACUUGCAUAUAAAGUAAUAUACCCUUGCAAAAACACGGUCCGCGGAUGUUGUGAGAAAGUGUCCCUUGAGGACAUGAAGAAGCACGAGACUGCUUGUCCACACAGGAAGUAUGAGUGCCUUGUGGCCAAGGAGAAUGGCUGUGCCUGGACCGGAUGUCGCUCAGACAUACUGCGUCAUAUGGAGGAAAAGCAUGAUAAAUACAUAUACAGAUCAGAUCUUUGUUCAUUCAAAUAUGAGGAGUUUAAUUUCCUUCAAGAAUGUAAAUUUUCGUGCAUAUUUUCUUCUUGUGGGGAGAUAUUCUGGUUCAGAUCUAAACGUGAUCCUGAAAAAAGGAAACUCUAUGAAGUAGUCCAGUACAUAGGACCAAAAGAAAAUGCUUCUAAAUAUGCAUACGAGCAUAGGUUGGUGUCACCAUCUGGUGACCAGAAGUUGACUUUCAUUAAUGUUGUAAAAAGUGACACAGAUGAGCUUAAGAACAUAUAUGAAAUGCGAAAAUGUUUCAUAAUAGAUUAUGACACGUUAGAGAUAUUUACACAAAAUGGCAAAACAUUUGAAUACAAAAUUAAGAUGUGCAGACAAAAAUGA